AUGGUCGGUCUCGGUGCCAUGUCUGACUUCAAUAGUACGGAUUUUGUCGCGCAGAUGAGAGGCUUCCAAGCCUCGGACGAUGCACGCCAGAAACUCUUUGCGGAUAUGCUCGAAAGGUAUACUGCUUUGCUAGAAGGGUACGAAACCUUGAACAAUGACUAUGCCUCCGAGAGAGAAAUAAGGCGCAGCUACCAGCAGUCGGUAAAUCAGAUGCAGCGCGAGGUCGCCGAGACCAGACGCGAAUUGGAAAAUCACUCGUUCGUGCUAGCAUUAAUUGAUGGAGAUGGUGUUAUCUUUCAGGACGCGUUGCUGCGAGCCGCUGGGAGCGAUGGCGGGUCUGAAGCCGCAUCUAGGCUUCAGUAUGCCCUUCGCGACCACAUAAUGUCGCUAUAUGGCAAUUCCGGAAAUUGGCCUAUCAUGGUUCAAGUCUAUCUCAGCCUCGAUAAGCUGGCGCACAAGCUCGCGUCCGUCGGUCUGAUCGAUAAGCCGUCUGAUUUACGAACAUUUGCUCAAGGCUUCUGCCUCAACCAAUCCCUGUUUUCUAUUGUCGAUGUAGGUCAUGGCAAAGAACGCGCAGACCACAAAAUCAAAGAAAUGCUCCGCACAUUCAGUGAUAAUCCCACGUGUCGGCACAUCAUCUUUGGAGGUUGCCAUGAUGCUGGUUACCUUCUCAAUCUUGAUCAGUAUAAGCACCAUGCUGCUAAAGCUGCACGCAUCACGCUUCUUGAAUCGACACCUGCCUGGAGGGGCUUCGCCGAGCUGCCCAACUUCAGGCGUACUCGAUUCGAUAACGUAUUCAGAAACACAGAGCUACCAGAGUAUGGUGGUUAUGUGCCGCGUACUAUUGCACCAGCCCAGUCUAAUAUCUCCGCGCCAAUGCAGCCCCCAGUUUCUGCCCCAGUUUCUGCCCCUGUUCAACCUAUCACCAGGACUAUGACGGAUCCUACUCCCCCACCCGGAUUCAACAACCCUCCUCCCGGCUUUCCGUCUGCACCGCCGGGCUUUAGCAAUAGUCCACGUGACACCCCUACUAUAUCCUCCCCUGCCACGACUGUUUCGUCGCUUGCUGCGACUAACCCAACGCCGGACCCCUCUGAUUCCUCCUGGGCUGCCGUCGGUCAGACGAACGGCGUCCCACCUAGUAAGAACGUUUCCAUCGCACCUAAGACGAAACCCAACAAGAAAUGGGCAUAUUACAAUAAAGAAGAACAGCGCCUCGAUGAGCCCUUGUCACCAAAAGACAAAGCAGCUUAUGAAGCUAUCGAGCAGCGCAUGAAGAGGACAGGAAAAAAUCUCUGCAACCAUUGGCAUCUCAACAACGGGAAAUGUACCAAUGGUGCGAACUGCCACUUCCAGCAUGAACCUCCGCUCUCGAAUGCAGGCAAGAUCGCGCUGCGCUACAAGACGAGGAGUCUCGCUUGUAAGGAUCGUUAUUGUCAAAAUGUUAACUGCUGCCACCAAUGCUCGUUUGAGCGCGAUCAAGGCUGGUGUCCCUUCCCCGAUACGUGCAAUUUGCGACAUACGCACGGCAUGGACAAGGUCAAGGCCACGCGCUGGGACGAGGAUGGCAAUUGCGAGGAGUUGUAA